AUGGCGACGUCUACACUCACAUUCAACACCCCAGAACAACCCCCACACUUUCGACUCAUGGAACUCCCAACAGAACUCCAUCUGAACAUUUCCUCAUUCCUCACAUACCCAGACGCACUAGCUCUCAAGCACACCUGCCGCCACUUCUACUCGCUCGUCUAUACGGGCGUGCACCUGAAAGUCGACUGGUUAGUCGAGCGCUUCGAGCGGAAACUCGAGUGCCCGAUGGAGAAGUGCUCGUUUCGAACAGACGAGGCCUUUUGCAACAGGCGGAUUCGCAAGAUUAUGGAGCGCAGGCGCCGGCAUCUUGAGUGUCCCCGGUUCUCUCGCGGUUGCUUGGUUAUCGAGGGGAGGACUUGUCAGAUGGACCUUGUGCCUACGUGGUUGAAGAGGCAGGGAAGGGUGAAGGUGCUCAAGAAGGUUGGGAACGAAGUUCUCAUCCACGGGCUCAUGGUGCUCUGCAUGCAAUUACUAUGGGUCAUCUGCCAGAGGUAUGGCUUCCCUACAACCGUGGCCUGA